AUCUUCAACCCAUAUACUCUAUUAAAUAAGCUUCUCUUUAUUUGUUUUACUAGUAUUUUUUAGUACGAGUCUGAACAUUCAUCAUUUGGCAGCAGUGGCGCAGCAAAUUGGUUCAGAGUUUUUGUGGAAGUCCUUUGGUUAAUUAAUAAACGACAAUGAUGAACUGUUGUAGCUGUGGCGCAUUAAUAUUUGUGACGCUUUCAUGCAUGAUUGUUGAGAGUUUGAGGUCGGAGUUGCCGUUAGAAGCCAUGUGUUUGAAUCACAGUGAUAGUAGCGGUGAUGAUGGAAAGAGAUGGGGUGUUCUAGUCGCUGGGUCACGUGGUUAUGCGAAUUAUAGACAUCAGGCUGAUAUAUGUCAUGCAUAUCAAGUAUUGAGGAAAGGUGGCUUAAGUGAUGAAAAUAUUAUUGUUUUCAUGUAUGACGAUAUUGCAUUCCAUGAAAGCAACCCUAGGCCUGGUGUGAUUAUCAACAACCCAAAUGGCGAUGACGUUUAUUAUGGAGUGCCCAAGGAUUAUACAGGGGAUGAUGUUAAUGCGGAUAACUUUUAUGCUGUUAUUCUUGGAAACAAAAGUGGGCUUACUGGAGGCAGCGGCAAGGUUGUGGAUAGCGGACCAAAUGACUAUAUUUUCAUAUAUUAUGCCGACCAUGGCAGUUCUGGGGUACUCGGGAUGCCUAAUGGUGAGUAUGUUUAUGCCAAAGAUCUAAUCAACGUGUUGAAGAAGAAGCAUGAUGCAAAAACCUUCAAAAGUAUGGUAUUUUAUGUGGAAGCUUGUGAGGCUGGGAGUAUUUUUGAGGGGCUGCUUGCAAAUAAUAUAAAUAUAUAUGCAACAACAGCAUCAAAUGCAGUGGAAAAUAGCUGGGCAACAUAUUGUCCUGGAGACAAUCCCAGUCCUCCUUCAGACUAUGACACCUGCUUGGGAGACGUAUAUAGUAUUUCUUGGUUGGAGGAUAGUGACAAACAUGACUUGCGCAAGGAAACUUUGGUGCAGCAAUAUCAAGUGGUCCGAAGAAGAACAGCAGAAGAUAAUUUAGAAUUGAGUUCUCAUGUUAUGCAAUAUGGAAAUACAAGACGAGGGAAAGAUUUGGUCUUCAAUUACAUGGGUACAAAUCCAGCAAACGAUAACUUUACUUUCGUUCAAUAUCCCUCUUCACCAUCCACUCCAAGGCUUGUUACCCAACGUGACGCCGACCUCCUUCAUUUCUGGCACAAGUACCAUAAAGCCCCUAUUGGCUCUCAAGACAAGCUUGAAGCUCAAAAGCGACUGGUUGAUGAAAUUUCUUAUCGGAAGCACGUGGAUUACAGUAUAAAUCAUAUUGGGAUGCUUUUGUUUGGAAAUAGUAAUAGCUCAUCAGUAGUGUUGGAGACUGUUAGGCCAGCUGGGCAACCUCUUGUGGAUGAUUGGGAUUGUUUUAAGAUGCUCGUAACGACUUAUGAGAAGUAUUGCGGAUCAUUAUCCAAGUAUGGAAUGAAAUACAUGCGAGCUAUUGCAAACAUGUGCAAUGUUGGAAUUACAAAGGAGGAGAUGGCUGCGGCAUCCAUAAAAACUUGUUCUAUCAUUCCCCCUCCUAAUUAGCAUCUCUUUCAAUGUGUAAUAAAUGGACGAUCUUCCUGCAAUUGUUCAUCAUGCUCUAAUGUGCUUCAAUGCGAUUCACAUAUACAUCUCAGGAGAUUUUAGGCUUCAUGUUGUUCCUCAUCAUUAUUGUUUUCACCGUUUUUUAGACCCCUUAUGAUAUAUUGUAGGAUUUAAAUCCUAUACAAUAAGUGAAAUAACUCUAACA